GUGGAGCAUAGCGUAAACAAUUCGCAUCCGCAUUCGCAUAAAUCCGCGGCUAGCGCAUUGACCGUGCAUCGUGGUUUGUGUGUGUCUAGUAUCCGGAACCAGUAGUUUACCUUCGACAAGCUCAACAUCCGACUUCCGGCUUGCGUGCGUGUUCUGUGCAUUGGCAACGAUGGACCAACGCCAAGAAGUUGCCCAGAACCACCUGUUCGAUGGUGGGGUGCUCAAUGUGUACGAUCAGCAUAUCGCCAACCUAUCGGCCGGUGCACCGGGCCCUGAUCUGCUACAACGCAGUGCGGAACUGCUGUGCCGUGCCACGGAAAUCCGAACGAAAUAUGAACUGGAAAACAACGCGUUCCUAUUUCAAUACGGACCAGCGAUUGGAACAACGGAAUUCAGAGAAUCCCUUGCCUCGUUCCUGACCGAAGGGUACCACAGUGAGGUGAACAAGUCCGAUCUGGUUCAAACCAGUGGAGCUACGAGUGGCUUGCACCUGAUACUGUCGACGCUGGUGGAUCUGGCAGGGGUAGUAUUCGUCGAUGAAUAUACCUACAUGAUUGCGCUCACGGUUAUAUCGCAGUUCAGCACAAUGAAAAUAGUUUCCGUUCCACUGCUGGAUGAUGGUCCGGAUAUGGCCCGUCUUGAGGAGCUGGUCCAAAAGCAUCGGUUCGCUCCAUCGGGAAAGCUUUUCUGGGGAGUUUACUAUACCAUACCGACCUUCCACAACCCCACGGGAAUUGUCUUCUCCGAGGACAAAUGCCAACGGCUGAUAACGCUGGCCCGAAACAGCGAUAUCUUGAUUGCCUGCGACGAUGUUUACAAUUUAUUGCACUACACCAACCCAGAGCAGGCACCCCCGAAGCGACUGUUUGCCUACGAUAUCGAAGGAUUGGGCAAAAUCGACGGCUGGCGCGGGAAUGUUAUUUCGAACGGGACGUUUUCGAAGAUCCUCUCGCCUGGUAUUCGGCUAGGCUGGAUGGAGUGUCCGCCAAGAUGCGUGGAAGAAUUCCGCAAAAGUGGAGUGCUGCAGUCUGGUGGAGCAGCCAAUAAUUACAUGGGGGGUGUAGUGUCCACCAUGAUCCAGCAGGGGCUAGCGCAGAAGCAGCUGAAACUUUACAGCUCACACUACGCCGAGCGGCUGCAGGCGAUGCUCGACACGCUGGAAACCAACCUGCCCAAGGAGUGUACUUUUAGCAGACCAGAGGGCGGCUACUUCGUGUGGAUUCGCUUCCCGGAGCACAUCGAUUGCGCCGAGUUGAACAGGUACAGCAUGGAGAAGUAUCGUGUAUCCGCCGUUCCCGGCACGCGUUUCUCCGUUACCGGUGAGGCACGUAACUUUAUUCGGCUGACUUUUGCCUUCCAUUCGGCUGAUUAUCUACGCAAAAGUGUGGCCACGUUCUGUGAGGCCGCCCGGGAUUAUAUGCAUAUUGUGUCCUCAGCGUGAAGUACGGACAAAACACGUAAAAUCCUUCAAUAAAAUGGACUUUGUCGAGAAACCUCCGCGACACACCCUG